AUGAGAUACGAAAUCCUUUCUACGGUGAAACCGGCAGAACUGAAAAGGCUUUUUUGUCAGGACACUCUUCUCGUCGAGAAUGCCGAAGUUCAUGCCCUUCUUUCACGCUUUGGAUUUAAUCGGUCUAAGCAUUGUCUUGGGAUAUGGGAGAACGUGAUUUUGACGACUCGUGAUGCCAGCUACCGUCACUUAUGGAUGUGUGACGGAAGGAUCACUAAUAUUUCACGAAGAAAUUGA